GCCUCAAGAAGUAUGGAAAGGACUGGGAUACCCUUGAAGCAAUGGUAAUUCAGACACAAUAUUUUAUCUUAUUUUGAUAGAUUCCGACAAGGUCCAGCAUCCAGAUUAGAUCUCACUUUCAUAAAUACCUUGAUCAGAUUAGAAAGGACUUUCAAACUGACGACCCCAUGGGAUGUGUGCUCAAAAAUAUGUGAGAUGCAUCACCUUUUUAUCAAUUCAAGUCUACUGAGGUGGUUUUUUCAUUUAAAAGAAUUUAGCUGAAGCUCAAAUAAGCUCUGAAGAAAGUGGCUGUAAGACUUACUGAGACACAGAUUCUGGAAUAAGCAGUAAAUCAAAUCCUUUCAGCUCCCCCAAAUAUGAAUUUGGGUAUUGCUCCCCAAGUAUUGAGAAGUUUAAAUAAAAGAAACUUGAAGAGUACUGAGAAGUGCAUUGAAAUGAACUUUCAAGAUUCUUUCCCGCCCUCUAUGAGCAGCGAGAAAAGACCUCACAAAAACACCGAUUCAGGGAUGUUAGCUUGAAUUGAAAGAGAGUCUCAAAGUAAUGUCAAGACUCUCACUCAGGCAAAUUCUGACUUUAUAAAGGCAGAUCAAUCUUCAAAAUUAUUUAAAGAGAGAUCUAAGCAAGCUGUAAGUUCAGCACAAAACACUCAAAAAGAUUUUAUUAUGAUCAUGCUUGGCAAGAAAUAAAGUGAUUAUUCAGACAGAGAGAGUUAAGUCCUCUAUUCCUUAUCAGAAGGUGCAACACCAGGAUGGAAUAGAUUUAUUCAUCCCUGAGGGCCCUUGAGAGAUAGAGAUUUCAUCUCCCAACCAGAUGGAUGUAAACAACCUUCAUACCUUGGGUAACAAUCAGAUGUAUAUAAGCCCUAAUGUAAGAAAUAUGAAAGGGAAUGUCAUGCAACCAAUGAUGGCGAUGACAUAUUGCAAUUCUGAUCCUUUCAAUAGAGGAAAUACUCAAUCAUUAGGAUCAGUAAUGGGCCAGAACACUUUUCAAGGAGUGAACAACACUAAGAAGGAUUGUAGAUACUCUAUGUUAAACCAGAAUUAGAUAUG